ACUUGUUAUUCACCAGACCAAAGAAUAUAGAAUCUCUUAGAAUGUGUCAACGGUUUGGUGUACAUUCAUGGCAUUAUGGUGGGUUUUGUGUGGUGUGUCUUUUAGGUUACCUAUCUUUCAUUGCUUGCAAUGAAGUUUAGAAGUGUGUGUUAAAAUUUUGGUGAUUUUAUUUCCCCACAUCUACUGGAUAGAUAAUGGAGAAGAGAAAAAGAAAUGUACUUCCUUUAAAGUGUGUAAUUUUUGUUUGAUUGAAAUGUCUUUUGAAGCAGAAAAGAAAGUUACUUCCUUCGACUGCAAAUAAUAUAAAAUAGUUUAUUCAUAGUAUUAUUGGACUUCUUAAUUUUGAAUACAAUGGCUCACACAGUCAGAAUUCCGAUAUACGGACGACGACCACCGUGUGCUACUAGUUCUCGAAUAGACGACUGGCACCAACGAUUGCGUGUCCUGAGACUUGAGCGAUUGCGAAAACCUGAGAAACCAGAAGAUUUUGUGGUCUAUGAAGAUUCGGAUGACGAAGAAGAGAAUUUAGCAGCAGAGACACAAGUUCUUAGGACGUCUUACAAUUUUGUUGAUUAUGUUCGGUGCCGUGAAAUGGGCGGCAGGGAACCCAGUUGGGUUGGUUCAGAUUUUGGAUCUCGUCAUAUUCUCACUCAUGAAAUGUUCAAAGAAUAUUCCGUUUCUCUCAGCAACAUGAAUAAAGUAUUUUGUUCUCAGUGGCUUAGUGAUCGACAGGUUGUAUUUGGAACAAAGUGCAAUAAGCUUAUGGUGUAUGAUGUAGUCACAGAAAGGUUAGAUCAAAUACCAUCAUUACAAGGAAGAAGAGAUCCAGUUGCUGCACCCCAAGAACAGCAGUGUGGAAUUCAUUCUGUUCAGAUAAAUCCAUCUAAAACAUUGCUUGCUACUGGAGCUAGAAAUUCCAGUGAAAUUGCUGUGUAUCGUUUACCUACUCUUGAUCCUGUGUGUGUAGGGGAGGGUGCACACAGAGAUUGGGUGUUUGACAUGUGUUGGUUAGAUGAUCAGUUUCUGGUAUCUGGCUCAAGAGAUACAAGAAUGGCCUUGUGGAGAAUUCAAGAAGAUGAUCUAAUUAAUCGUGAGGAUGUUCCAUCAUAUAAACACAUACAAGCCCUUUCUGUAAAAGAUUGUAGAUCAGCUCAAAAAGUGAGAGCUGUUGCAUUUAAUAAAAGUUUCCAAGAAAUAGCAGCAUUGUCUCUAAAUGGAUAUAUUCAUAUAUGGAAUGCUGAAACAUUUAAACAGAAACUAUCGCGAAAAUUGCCAUCAUGCCAAGAGAAUGUCUGUCUUGCAGUACAGGACUCUGGAAUGUAUGCAGUUGGAUGUCGAUCUUACACUCUCCUAUUAGAUGCUCGCACAUUGCAAGCUGUUAAGAAGAUUCCUACUAGAUACAGUGGCUGUGGUAUUCGUUCUGCAAGUUUCCAAGGCAAUGUAUUGACUAUAGGAACUGGUGUUGGGAUUCUGAUGUUUUAUGAUUUACGUGCUGGGAAAUAUUUAGAUUCUAGCAUCAAUUCUAGUCGAACUGUUUUUCCAGAUGAGGAAUACAUAGAUGGCUUUCAACACAUCAAAUACACUCCAGCUAUAUAUACACAUUGCUAUGAUUCGUCUGGCACAAGACUCUUCACUGCUGGUGGACCUCUUCCUGCAAAUUUAUAUGGAAAUUAUGCUGGCCUAUGGCAGUGACAAAAGACUUUAGGAAAAGUAUGUUACUUCAUCAGUACCAUAUUGAAAAGUAUGAAUCUGAUAGCUCUUGUUUGUAUGCUAAUAUUCAUUGAUAUGUUAUGUUGUGUGAACUGUGUUUUUGACUACUAUUUAAUUAUCAGAAUAGCAUAAAAUGUCCCUGAAUUUUCAUAAUGUGAAUUAUCACUGCUAAUUUUUGAAUAUAUUUCUAGAAAAAAUAUCAAAUCAAUGUGCAGCCACUAGUAGUCGUUCAUCUUUUAUUUACGUUUGAAUAUGUUGCCGCAACAUAUUACAGGAAAAUAUGUCGAAAGGGUCCAACUACGUAUUUUAAACUUCCAGAGAAUGGAAUUUGUUUUUAUGUACCACAGUUUAUUUUUCAUGUCACACUUAAGGUUAUUCAAAAAAUUAUUGUACAUAAUGUUCUUAUGAUUGAUAGUUUUGCAUAAGUGUCUGAUAAAUGGAUUUGUGUGUGUGAUGGUGUCAUUGUAAUCACUGGCAAAAGAUCAGAAUGAAUUUUGUUAAUAAUUUUGAGACAUUCUUUGAAAUUUUGUUGCACUUUUUUUUUUUUUUUUUUAUUUUAUUUAAUUAAUUUAAAUAAAUUAAUUUUUUUCUCCCUUUUCCUUUUUUUACUUCACUGGUGGUUUGAAUUUCUGUCUCACUCUUUCCUAUUAUUCCCUUUUUUUGGGUUCAUUUUUAUCUGCCUUUGUACAUAGUAUGCAAUAUGUUGCAUCUUCCAAUUGUGUACAGCUAUUGUUUUUACUUUUUAUAUUUUAUUGCGCAAUAUAGUCAUUAAUUGUUAAUUG